AUUUUUCUGCCCCACGUCUGAGCGACAUCGGCUGGGAUCGUCGCCAACGAAUCACAGCCGCGCGAUUCUUCCGUCAUCAAAAAAGCAUCGAAGUCUGAACUUCUUAGCCCGCGAUCCUCCAGCUUCAACACUACCAGCAGCGACGCCGUGAGGAUGUCAGAUAUCCAACUCUACCUGUUGGAUGUUGACAAGAACAAGAAGGAGGCCUCGCGCAUUGCGGAGCAGUCCGCUACCCGGCUCCAGAAUAAUGAGCUGAAGCUUGUCGCGUUGAUAGAAUCGCUGGGGGAAUAUAUCAACAAUGAGGACUUUACAAUUAGGGCGAAGGCUAUGGCCUACCUCGCGGAGGUGCUAUCCUUCGUCCCCCCGAAAAUCUUGUCGAGACACCAGCGAAACCUACUCUGCGACUUCGUGCUCUCUCGCAUCGCCGACGAUGGGAACGGCUUAGGCGCAUGCGCGAAGGCGUUGAUGGCACUGGAAGAGCGUGGAAAAUGGGAUGAUGAGCGAGCCACCGCUGUCACGGAAUCGCUGAUCAACAACACCCACCCGCUACGACAGUACAAACAACAGAGCGAAAGAUACCCGGUUCUGACCCUAAUAGAUGCCUUGAUGGCAAAGUAUAGAAAUGCAUUACGAACUCUACAUGAUACUACACCUGACUUUAUGUCGCGCUUCAUUUCCUAUUUCGACGGCGAGAAGGACCCUCGCAAUUUGAUGGUAGUCUUUUCCAUCCUAAAGGUUCCCAUGACUGAAUGGGCAAUUGGUGCAGAUGCUCAGGAGUUAUUUGACGCCGUCUUCAACUAUUUCCCCAUUACCUUUAGACCGCCUCCGGACGACCCGUAUGGAAUUACGGCCCAGGAUUUGAAAGAUCGACUGCGUGAUUGCAUUGCAUCAACGGCCGAUUUUGCACCAUAUUCAUUCCCGGCUCUACUUGACAAGCUAGAUUCCACGUCUAUGAACACUAAGCGUGACGUGCUUCAAACCAUCAGUUCGUGUGUCAUGGAAUACGGACCGAGGACAGUUUCACUAUAUUCAGUGACCCUUUGGGAUGCGCUCAAAUUUGAGAUUUUGAACUCGCAGGAAGAUGACUUGGCCCAGGAAGCGCUUACAGCCCUAGGAGAAAUCGCCAAUACGCUCUCUCAGGGUACCACCGGUUCUUUGAACGCUUACUUGAGGCCAGUCACGAAAGAGUGCAACGAACACCUUGAAGACGCUCCAACAAAGCAGUCGCAAGCAACAGGCCAGAUUUUAUAUCAACUGUCAAGUGUUUCCCCAGAAGUCACAAACAUUAUCCUGGCCAUCGUUCUUCCAAACCUCUUCACGCUCUUUCAAACUGCCGAUACCAUAGCAAAGAGAAGGGGCUUGCUUGAGGUCUACGUGAAAUUGGUGGAAGCUAAUUCGAAAGUCUUCGGAGAGUGGCGGUACCUGAGUAAAAAGGCCGACGUCGAUCCUGCGAGUAAUGCUUUGACCGAAUUUAACGAGCAAGCUCUUCAAGUCAUGAUCAACGGACUCACUACAGCACCGAUCAAAGAAGUCUCGUUCCGUGUGGUAUGUCUGAACGGAUUACUACAAUCUACAAAAGUUCGGCAACUUCUUAAGGACGAAGAAAUCACGAGGAUAAUCCAACUCUUCCACGACGUGGUAAUUACAGAGGAAUCACAUGGCGACGAUGAAAUGAAGUCCGCUGCGAUCAAUGGCCUCCUUGAGAUUGCUCAUCAAAAACCACAGUUGGUGGUGGAUAGAGCGUUCCCCGCUUUCAUGGCGGAGCUCCCCGAUAGUGAUGUGGAUGGAUCACUCAGCUAUAUUCCAGUUCUCGAGGCAUUCGCAAAACUGAGCAGCGAAGGAGCAGUCUUCGACACCGUAAUAUUACGGCUCAAGAACAAGCUCAAUGCAGCCAUCAAACAAGGAGCCUCGUCAGCCUAUCUGGGAGCUCUGUUGACUGCUAUCCUGUACGCACUUACCCAAGGGUCAUCCAAAAUCGAACAGGCGACCGAAACGUCUCCAUAUUACGAAGAUAUCGUCGUGCCUCUCCUUUCGCAAGUCUCUAGCGCAGACCCAUCCCUUCAACUGGCAUUCGACAAUGAAUCGACUUUGGACCUCGUUGGCCGAAUAUGCAACAUUAUCAUCCGAUCGCAACCCAGCCCCUCACAAUCUCAAAUAGCGAGUUCAACAUACACACUCUCGAGCGGCCUUUCUCAGAGCGACCUUCCACCCUUCAAGCUGGCUUGUUCUCCUCAACAAACGAAAUGGACAAUAAUUUCCGCCCAUCUGCUAGCCGCUCUUCGCAGAGACGUACCACUACCUAGUGAACCACAAAGUCUCUUAAAUGCUCUAAUAAGCUUUUCCGAUCAGUUGUCUCUGUCAUCCCCGGUUCGCGCCGCCUCACUCUGCCAAAUCUCCCUCAUCGUUAACAAGUUCAUCCCAACUUCGUUACUCAAACAAAUCAUCGAGCCAAUCUUCUCGUCUCAAAGUGGGCUGGUCGAUCCGCGAGCCCUAAACUCAUCAUCAGUCCGCGUCAUCUUCUCGAUACUGAAAGGCCUAGUGCUCAGGAACAGUCCACUCCUCAACACCUUAUUUCCUCCUCUUCUUUCUUUCCUCUCCGACCAAAACCUCGGCAAGCUCUUCGCGCACGGCUUCGCGACUCUACUACAGCCAGACGACCUGCUGACAAAGCAGAACCACUGCACGAUCUCCGGUCUCCACAAGCAAAAAGUCUUCACACUCCUGGUCCCCGAAAUCGCAACCAGGGUCCGAGAAGCGGACGCGGAAACGAAACCAAACUACCUAAUCGCACUGAGCGGCAUUCUGCGAUGGGUUCCAUUCGCCGUCGUCAAAGAGGAGUUGGAAACGCUAGCGCCGCUCCUUUUACAGAGCCUCGAUCUGGAGGGGGAGGAGGUAGUCAAAGAGGCUGCAGUAGACAUGCUGGAGAUGCUGCUGACCGACCUGCCGAAGGCGGUUGAAGGGCAUGUGGGCAGCUUGAUUACGCGGCUGCUGAACAUUGCUGCGCCAGCUGUAGGCAAGGUUCCCGCGGCAGGCGCAAAAGGGGUGUUGCAGGAUCCGGCGAGAGUCCGCGCGGUGGCGCUGAAGUGUCUGGCGCAGGUUCCGGCGUCGCUGAGGACGGAGAUUGUGCUGCCGUAUCGGAGGCAGGUGAUCAAGCGGUUGACGGGCGCGUUGGAUGAUAGGAAGAGGGUCGUCAGGACGGAAGCGGUGAAGUGUCGGGCAAAGUGGUUGGGAGUGGAUGAUGUGGGGGAUGACGAUGAGUAGGAUGAGUUUUGAGCUAGAGAGUUGGUGGAAUUUUGGGAUAGCCAUAGAAAGCCGCUGGCACAGAGACAGGUCAUAAGUUCCCUCAUGGGACUACAAAAAUCCAGUGGCGAUGUCAUUCUUCAAGCGGUGCAAAUCACACUGCUCCUUGACUGACUAGCUACUGACAAGCUGGGCUACUACUCAUAAUACCAGAGAGAAGUGUCACGAGAGGCCGAGUCAUUUGUACGAGAGCGUCGAUCGAUUCUCUAUGCCCAACCAUCAAAGACCUU